ACAAAUGUCAAAUCAGAUGGCCAGUCAAUUUGUGUAACAUUAUUGUGUAUUCCACGUAAUGACACAGUUUUACGUUAUUACGUAAUGACGCCAUCACGCAAUGACAUCACAACGUCUUUUAGCAACUUUUAGCAACAAAUCGACCUGCCUAUAGCAACUUCCCCUGAAAAUUAGUUGGCAACACUGCGCUUGAGCUCCUGCAAAAUAAUGAAUCAAUAGAUAGCGAAAGAGAAUCGAGGAGGAAUUCUCAACUCAAAGGGGUUCAGAAAUAAUUGAUGACAUCUUUGCAGAAUUUACUAUAACUCACAAAUUAUGGCGACUAAAAGGACGGUAAUAGUGACAGGCUUUGAACCUUUUGGAGAUCACACUAUCAAUGCUAGCUGGGUGGCUGUUCAGGAACUGGAGCGGUUAGGCUUGGCUCAGAGUGUGGAUCUGCACGUCUGUGAGGUGCCAGUGGAGUACCAGGCAGUUCAGAGUCUGCUUCCAUCUCUAUGGAAACAGCACAAGCCACAGUUGGUCGUCCAUGUCGGGGUCUCUGGCAUAGCCACCACGGUCACUCUGGAGAAAUGUGGCCACAACCAUGGCUACAAGCGGGUGGACAACUGCAGCUUCUGUCCAGACUCUCAGUGCUGUAUGGAGGGGGGUCCUGAAUGCAUCGAUUCAGUCAUAGACAUGGACAUGGUAUGCAAGAGGGUCAACUCCUCAAGGCUGGGUGUGGCAGUGUCAGUAUCAAAGGACGCAGGCCGAUACCUAUGUGACUACACCUACUACACGUCGCUGUACCUGGGGAAAGGCAGGUCAGCGUUUGUGCACGUUCCUCCUCUGGGGAAGCCCUACAGUGCCCAGGACCUAGGUAGAGCCUUGCAGGCCAUAGUGGGGGAGAUGCUGGAGCUUGUGGGUCAAGCUGAGGAUGAUGACCACCACCACGACCACUGCAGCCACCAGCACCAUCAGCACGCUCACUAAAGAAAGACUUCCGGUGACCUUUGUCCUAAACUCACUGGUGCUGUCCUCAAUGGACAGAUAAAGCACUUAAACAUCAUCAGCAUCUACCCAUGGUAGUCUGGGGAGCAUUAGCUAAAGAGAGGGGUAUCAGCACUACCCUGUUGUAGGAACUAGAGAAAGGAAGAGUAUGUGAAUGAACAUAGGCUGAGCCAUGGCUAUAUCCAUGGAUAGUAUAUCUAUGGCUCUGGGUAUGGAUAUUUGACUGUAUUUCACAAACAGAGUAAUGGUCCAAUGAACAGUGCUGUAGAUUAGAGAAACAUCUUUGUAUAUCCAGUGUGCACUGAUGUGUGCUUUUAAGCCACAUCCUCCUGACAACUGUAUGACCGGCUGCUUCUCACUAUUUUAAAUAGUUCCCCUUUAAGUUCCUUAUUCCACUCAGCAAUCACUCUCGCUUUGACAUAAUGGUUAAUGUAGUGUGCCGUUUAUUGGAUCAGCUCCAGCUCCCCCUUUGUCUUGUGGUUAAUAUUUGUUGUGAAAUUGUAUAAUAUCUGUAUAUUGUAUAGUGUACAAUAUAAGGAGGCAACAAUAUGUUUUCUUUGAUAAAUGUACCUCAAUCAUGUGUUAAUAUCUCAGGUAAUUAUUGCAUAUACAAUCAAUAUUGAUAAUAUGAUGAAUAAUGAUAUGACGUUUUUUUUUUAUCUUCAGUACCUGUAUUCUCUACUUAGAAUAUGGAACAGGUCUAAUGCUGUGAUUAAAUCACUAAUGUCAGA